CAAACAAGAGAUGACCAUAACAACAGCGCAUGCGCCACUUCAAGGUGAAAAUUGCAUGGAUCUACUAACCAACGUUACUCGUGUUAUGCGAACUAGCCUUAUGUGACGGAUGUCUUUGUAAACAUCUGCUCGAGUAAUAGAACAUAUUACAUAACGCUGGCAGAUAGAAGUUCGUCGUUUUUUAUUUGGGUGUUUACUCUAUCCGGCCACUGUCCGCUCUGUAAGUCUGGCAGCUACGUAUUUACCGAUAGGUAGCUCCUUCCUUCUUCACCUCCCACCUGGACAGUGCAGGGACCACCAGGAUGACCAGUUGUGAUCAACAACAGGUGCUGUGCAGCAGAGCCAGGCUGGUCACUUACCUCCCAGGGCUUCAUGUGUUGGUAUCUCGUGUGGCUGGAAUUAAAAGCUUCUCUGCUGCUGGAUCAUCUGGCUCUGAGCCCCGCGUAGCCAGCACUCCCUCUGAAUUGGUGUGGCCUGAUGAGAUCAUGGGCCCUUGUGGACCCCAGGACCAGCGCUUCCAGCUGCCUGGUAACGUGGGAUUUGACUGCCAGCUGCAGAUGAAGAGCCUGGCCCAAAGUAAGGUCCCUGACGUGCUGUCUUCCCAGCCCAGCAGUGAGAGUCACAAGUUAAUUCUGGCCCAGGUCAACGGAGAAUCCUUUGAUGUCCAUAGAGCUGACCAGUACUUUGACAGCUCCAGUCUGGAGUGUGCUGUACAGUGCUGCCCUGAACCUCUAAAGAAAGAUUUUCAGUCCAUGUUCCCUGAAGCACCAUCCACUGUUAUGAUGGUGGUCACAGUGACCCAGAAGACCCGUAACGAUAUGACAUCGUGGUGUGCUGAGGUGGAGCAGGAGAGGGAUCAGAUGCUCAACAAGUUUUGUGAUGGAGCACAGGAGAUCUGCCACGCUCUGCAGAUGGAGGGCUUCUGGGCUGACUUCAUCGACCCGUCCUCAGGCUUGGCGUUCUUUGGCUCGUAUACCAACAACACCCUUUUUGAGACUGAUGACCGGUACCGCCACCUGGGCUUUCAGAUUGAGGACCUGGGCUGCUGCAGAGUGAUCCGACACUCUCUGUGGGGGACACAUGUCUUUGUGGGGACAAUGCUGACCAGUGCUCCACCCAGCAGCCUCAUUAUGAAGAAGCUGCAGAGCAGCUGAACACAAUGAUGUAACACCAUUUUUAAGUACAUUAUCAACUGCCUUCUUUGUGGUUUUGCAAGAUGUAUACGUUUUUUCUAGAUUAAAAUCUCACAGGAAAAAAGCUGCUGACUUCA